AUGCUUCGGUUUAUGGACAACCCCGUAACGGUCGUCAAGGGUCGGAGAAGGGAUACGCAGUUCCGUGGUGAGACGGAGAUUGACACAGGGAGUCAUACAGAUGUAGGCUCACGGACAAUUUCCCUUUUGUUGAAGGACCGUUGUCUUUCGUUGGUGAUGAUCAAGUCCAGGAGGGAUGGUACCUGGUGGGUGCAACGACAUGUUGAGUCCAAGCGCUCUGUUGAACGACUUCAGUCCGCGCCGCUGCAAAAGGUCCGCCUGAUUCGAAGCGCUAAAGGGGACUCGAGGGGCUACGGUGGACCACGCCGAGAAGGAGAGAAUCGGAGCCGCGCAGCGGGAUUUGGACCCAUAGUGCAUCGUAAUAGGGUGCAGGGGUGGUGUCAGAGAGGACAAUCGGGAUUGGUAGGGUUGCAUGUCGCUGCAUUCUUAGCGCCUGAGUCCUCCAGUGCCUUUGAAAGACUCUCUAAUUUAGCGUCGAGUAGCCCGAUUAAAGCGGAACAGUGGCAGUGGUCUUUCUGA